AUGCCACUCAGUCAGCAACGGAGGAGAAAGGAUUGUGAUGGUGGCGGUGGUGGGCAUUGCAACAAUUAUCGUAUGUUAUUGCCACUUCUGCUUCCUCAUAUUGCUACCAGUAUUACCAAUGCUACAUUGGAUUUAUGGAUUACAACUAUGAGGUGCUUGCAAAAUGUGAUUUGUCCUACAUUGUUCAGGCAAUGUUAUUGCCCAUCUGAUUAUUCGCAUUACAUUACUGAUGACCAACGAGUGGAAUCGCUAAUGGUCGUAUCACUAUUCUGUUUUUCGCCUCGUAUCACGGCUACGCCCCCUUCUUACAAUUAUAAUCAUCCUGACCCCAUUGUGCUAGAAAUUCGUCCAGAAUAA